AUGAAAUCAAAACCUCAGUCCAACCCCAAGUCGAAAAAAGAAGACAACGAACCGCCCCUCAGCGCCAACUUCGCCCGAUCCUCCUCGUCCAUGAUCGGCUAUGACCACGAAAUCUAUCUCCAGUUGACAGCCGGAGGGAAAUCUUCUACAAAGACAGCUAAUCAGAUCUAUCGUGAGGAACGUGCAAGGCAUCUCACCACUCGGGCAUUGGACCCGGCUAUUCUGGAGCCCCGGGGCGAUCCCAGUUCGGUGGAUUUCGAAUGUGCCGAGUACCAGCGGAAAAAGGAUCGGUUUCAAUAG